AUGAGCACAAGGAAGAGCUGCCCCAUGCCACUGGAACAAGGACACCAGGAAGAAAAGCAGAGUGAGGGUACUCCUGACCUGGAGCGACAAGAGCGUGAGGUGGAGCUGAGGAACAAAGCUAUACUGCAACAGAAGAGGCGCCUUAAACAGGCCACUCAGUUUGUGCACAAGGACUCUGCUGACCUGCUGCCCCUGGACGGCUUGACAAGGCUUGGCACCUCCAAGGAUCUGCAGCCACAUAGCGUGGUCCAGCGGCGUCUCUUGGAAGGCAAUCUGAACAAGCUGCGGGGCGAGACCAGGGUUCAGUCUGCACGGGUUCAAUCUCCGCUAGCAAAAGAUCAGGAUGAAAAGAUGGAAAAGGAGGAGGACAGGAGAAAAGAGACUUCACUCCUGCUAAUACAGUGCCAGUGCCAAGGUCAGGUAUUGAAAGCGACUGUUAACACUGGGUGUCUACCAAAUCUCAUCUCCAAGAGCUGUUUAAACCAGCUGGGGCUGGAAGAAGUGUCUGCCAUGGACUGUGGAGACCUCUCUCUUCCCAUCCCCAGCGUUGUUGGCCGAGUAGAACAUAUGGAGUUGCAAUUUGGCCAGGAGACAGUGCUGUGUUCAGCACUGGUUGUAGAUGAUGAAACGCUGGAGUUUUGCAUUGGUCUCCAGACUCUGGUGUCUCUCAAGUGUUGCAUCGACUUGGAGGAAGGAGUCCUGAGAUUUAAAGCACUGAGUCAAGAGCUACCUUUUCUACAUGCCUCUGAAGAGCCUGGUCAGUGA